CGUCUUGAACGCAGCAGUACUUGGGCUGGCGAUGACUGAUGACGUUUCACAAGAACACAAGUACAGAGAGCACCACGGAUUGUAGGCAAACGUCUCCUGGAUGAAAAUGUCCUAUGUGAAAGUGGUGUCGCUGUGCGCCGUAGCUCCGGGGCUGGCCGGCCUGCUGAGCGGCUCCGUGCUGGCUGCGGCCGCGGAGGGGAAGAAGAGGAGCGCACAGCCCGUCCUGAGCAUCGAUGAGCUGCCGUCUUUAUACACGAGACCUGAAGCAGAGCCUCGGUGUGUGGAGCCGGAGCCGGAGGCCGGAGCGCUGGAGCAGAGCGUCGCAUCUCUGAGGAAAUGGGCCGAGCCGUACACCACCCAGUGUCAGCAAACGGGUCGGGCUGCGCUGGAGAAAGCUGAGCAAGUGUACAAGACCGUGGAGCCCACCAUCAACACGUCGGUCACCGCCGUCACAGACGUGUACCAGUUCCUCAGCGACCCUCCCCCUGACCUCUACGCCAGUGUGGCCGUGGUGGGUUUCUCCGGCUUCCUGGGACUUUUCUUGGCCAAAGGCUCCAGGCUGAAGCGACUGGUGUUUCCACUGGGACUCAUGGCUCUGAGUGCCUCCAUGUUUUACCCUCAGCAGGCUGCGUCCGUCCUGAAGGUGAGUCGCGACUCGGCGUACACCUGGGCUCAGCAGGGCCGUGUAACCGUGGAGACUCUAUGGAAGGAUCCGCCCUUUGGCAAAAAGCAGUCUGAGAAGAAAGAGCAAACACAGAGCAACGACUCGAGCAGCUGAGACGCCAACAAGGACGCUCACCUCUCCAUCCUGAGAGACCGCCACCUUCCAGUAACACACACUCACACCUGUACGACUCCUUCCUCACAACCCGACUCCCACGGCUUCACACCAGCUUAUUCAGACCUACAGCAGAGGUUUGGGAGAGAGAGUUCAACGUUUCCAGGAAGCAGGUUUACUCAUUUCUCUGGACAUCUCUUGACCCUGCUUCUUGGAACAGCUGCUCCUCCUCCUCCUCUUCCUCCUCCUCCUCCUCCUCCUCCUCCUCCUCUUCCUCCUCUUCUGUAACCAUUCCGUAGUUUGUCCUUCGGUGACCCUCAGCUCUUCCAGUUUGUUGAGUUCACAGUGUCAGGUUUUGUGAGUGAAGCACUUCCUUGUUCUAUUAUGUGUUAAAACAUAAACUUCACAGAAAAAUGUGAAACUUUUAAAGAUCAGAAAAAGUGGAUGAAUUCAUUAGUUUCAUUAUUUAUUUUUUACAGACCAAACAAUUGGCAGAUUAAUCCACGAUGAAAACAAUUAUUAGUUGGAGCCAUAAAGUGAUUUAACAAAAUAUAAAUAUAAUUUAUUUUUCCAGUUUCUGACUCUGAUACUGAGGCUGUUUAUGUUCAAUCUGUUUUAUUGUCUCAGAAAUUCAGAGAAACUAAGAGGAAAGUUUUUUUGUUCUGUUGCAUCUGGUACUAAACUAACCACUUUAGAGGGUUGUGAAGCUUUUACAGAGGUGUACGCCCUCACUAAUAUUCCCCACAUUAUGUAACACACAGAUAAAUGUGAUAAGCUGGGAUUGAUCUUCCGGUGUCUUGGUGAGGAUCUAGUUAUUACGUGCGUGCUCGAAAUAUCAGCUGAGAUAAACAGGUGAAUUAUUUAUUAGCUUUUAGGAAAAGAAGAAUUUUAUCUGACGAAUUCAGAAUCACAAAUCACAGCGGUGUAAAGAUUGUAAGUGGAGCUUUCUGUGGACAGAUGACCCACUCUGUCCUGAAAGAGUGUGUGCUCUGUAGUUUGAGCUGCGUGGAGGUGGAGGAGUGUUUAAUUUAAAGUGUUGCUGGUGGAGCGUCACUGUCUUCAGGUCUCAUGUAGGUUUCCACAGUGUAAUAUCUCCAGGACGAUCGCUCGGUGUCAGUGACGCGUUCACACACUCAUUGUUUACUAUUUAUUUCCCCUGAUGUUGUUCUAUGUGCGACAGCAAAGGGCCAAAUAACAAACAAUUUCCUUCUUGAUUUUAAUUAUGAAUGAACUGGAUGAUGCUGUGUUUAUGGUCCAUGUUUGAUAAUGCUCUGUAUAUAUAUACCUGCUGAUGUUUUACCUGAGUGACAUCUAAUUAAACACGGUAUCUAUCGGAGGGGA